GAUUUCGGGUUUAAGCCAUGCCUGUGCCAUGGCUAUGAUGCUUAUAUACUGGAUAUAGCGUCAUUGGAUUUUUACCAAAAGAGCUGCCGGACCCUUAUUUCAAUCUCCCUGCUCCUCUCGUCUUUCCGUAUUAUGAUGGGAGAUGUAUCCACUAAUAUGUACCAUUAAACUCGUGGCUCACUGUAGUAAGGAUGGCUGUUUGGAACAGAAGCAGCAGGGGUGAAGCAGGAUAUAAAGUGUUUACCUGCGGAACUUAGAAGUAUAACUAGAAGAUUCAGACAGCGUCAAAAGUUAUCAAGAUGCAGACGUCCGGGAUCCCCCACUUCCUCCACAGUGCUAAGGCACAGCUCCUGCUUGUUAAUUCCCUGACAUGUGGUCUCGAGGUAUGUUUGGCCGCAGGAGUCACUUUUGUUCCCCCUUUGUUGCUGGAGGCUGGAGUGGAAGAAAAGUUCAUGACUAUGGUAUUAGGUAUAGGUCCCAUCCUUGGCCUUUUAGUUGUGCACUUCAUAGGUUCUGCCAGCGACCGACUGAGGAGCCGAUUUGGCCGCCGCCGACCCUUUAUCUGGAUUCUGUGCCUAGGAGUAAUGUUAAGUCUGAUCAUUAUCCCAUAUUCUAAACAACUGGCAACAUUUACGGGAGGCGACUAUGCUGGAACACAGGUGGCUUUCCUCAUCCUUGGCAUUGGACUAUUGGAUUCCUGUGGACAGGUUUGCUUUACACCAUUGGAAGCCUUGCUCUCUGACCUGUUCCCAGAGGGAGAGGCCUGCAGCAAAGCAUUUUCAAUGUAUGCCCUGACUGUUGGCCUAGGUGCUUGCAUUGGAUACUUAUUGCCUUCUAUAAACUGGAAUGGCAGCUGGGUGGCACAGCAGUUAGGCGGGCAAGAACAGUGUCUUUUUAUCCUACUUUUAGUCAUUUUGGCUGGAUGUGUUUUUGCCACAUUCUUUGUUUCUGAAGAAGUGAGAACUGGUGGUGCACAUGUAGAUGUUCCUGGAGAAGUUCCAUCCAGGGUGGUGACCAAUUUACGAGCUUGGCAGCUCUGGAAUUUGCCACUCAGGGCUUGGCGUUUAGCUAUGGCAUUAAAAGGCAUAUGUGCUUUUGUGUCACGAAUUAGGAAGUUUUGUUACCGGGUACCUUUUGCUCUGUGGCGUCUAUUUGUAGCACAACUCUUCUCCUGGAUGGGUCUCAUGACACUUAUUCUCUUUUAUACUGACUUUGUUGGUGAAGGACUUUAUCAUGGUGUGCCCGUGGCAGAGCCAGGGACGGAAGCUAGACUUCGGUAUGAUGAAGGAGUCAGAAUGGGGAGCCUGGGGCUCUUCCUUCAGUCUGUGAUGUCCAUGAUCUUCUCUUUCUCCAUGGACUAUCUCAUAAAAACUUUUGGCACUCGAUAUGUGUACCUUUCUGCUGUUACCUGUCUCCCAUUGGCUGCAACAGUCAUGUGCUUCUCUCAAAGUGUGAUCCUGGUUACUGCAUCUGCAGCCUUGACUGGCUUCCCGUUCUCUGUUCUGCAGAUCCUGCCGUACACUCUGACCUCACUCUACCACAAUAACCGCCAGGUUUUUCUCCCCAAAUACAAGGACAAGUGUGAGAACACAGCAGAAGACAAAGUGAACGAGAAAGAGUGGAAGUCUGGCUUCAUUAAAGAAACGCCGAACGGCACAGCUGUUACACUGCUCAGCUCCCACAACUCCCCGUUGUGCCUUGGUCCUUCUACCAGUGACGGGAGUGCCACUGCAACAGAGCCUGUAGUCGCCAACCAUGGGAUCUGCCUGGAUAUGGCCAUUUUAGAUAGUGCUUUAUUACUGUCACAAGUUGUGCCCUCACUUUUUGUGGGUAUCAUUGUCCAAAUGACUCAGACCGUGACCGCCUACGUUGCUGCAGCUGCACUCUUUGGACUGAUUUCCAUCUAUUUCUCCAAUAAGGUUGUAUUUGAUAAAAGCGAUAUGAUGAAAGUGGAUGCUUUGUAAGCAGUUUCUGCACAAAGUUUGGAGAUAAAUCUGUUUUAAGACACCUUUUUUUUUAUUUAUGAAGUUGCUGGUACUUUUAAUCAAGAAGCUUUGGUGAAUGCUAGAAGUCCACAAUAGACGGAAGGAAAAAAAGUUAAUGGAAUGUUUAUAUUUUACAUUGGAUCCUGACAUUUUAAAAUGUCCGUUAAAUUAUAUGGGUACAUAGAUGUACAUUGUUAAAAGCUGUAUAAUUCAAAUAUAUAUUUUAUGGUUAUACUAUUGAAAGUCUUAAAAAAUAUUCCUAUAUUUUGUUGAAAUGUAAAUAGAAGAGCAAAUAAUUGUAGUAUAGUAAUUGUGAUAUACAAUGCUCUAUUUAUUAUAUAGAAAGUGUGUGUGUGUGUGUGUGUGUGUGUGUGUGUGUGUGUAUGUAUGUGUGUAUAUAUAUAUAUAUAUACACACACACACAGCGGUGCAGAAUCCUUGACACUGGGUGUGAGAGUUAUUUAUCAUACAAUAAGAUUAGAACCACUACUUUUGAAACAUACCUGUUUUUACUAUUACGUAGGUUCUGGCAUCUCCAGCUGGUUCAAUAACGAACAGAGUUUAUUUUUUUUUUGCUAAGUAAAUUAAUUUUAUAUGUGCUUACAUUUUAUGAUGGCUUUUGCUGCUAUAGUAAUUGUCUUUUAUAAAUAUUUUUUUUUUUUUUUGCUGCAAAAUAAAGGCCCCCUUUUAGUUGUGUCUUUUACGUAGGCACUCUUUGGAUUUAUAAUGAAACUUCAGAUGUAAGAUUUGUUCUCCAGCCAAGGCCAGCCAAGCCCUCAACAGCUUACUCCCCCUCAUGGGCUCCCAGUACAUCCUGUUGCCUGCACACUAAGGAAGCUCACCGGGUUGCCCAUGCAGUAAAGGGCCACCCAGUGGGCAUUUGUAAGCAGGGGCCCUGUCGUGAGCUGUUGCAUUUAACAGCACGACCGGGCCCCCUUGCUUUUUGGCAGAAUGGGAGGAAAUGACUACCGUGAGUCACUUCCUCCCAGAGAGAGCCGCGUGGGAGAGACCAGGUAGGCAGAGAUGAGGGGGGCUGAGCCGGAUGGCCACCACUCUGGACACCAGGGAAGCAAUCUUUCAAGAUAGGAAACGGGAAGUAGAUUUAAAAGUGUAAAUUUUGCAUGUGUGUGUCAGUAUGUCUGUCAGUGGGUAUGUCAGUAUGUCUCAGUGUAUGUGUGUGUCUGUCAGUAUAUCUGUUAGUGUGUGUCUGUGUGCCAGAAUGCCUAUCAGCGUAUGUUUGUGUGUGUCAUUAUGUCUGUGUGUGUCUGUGUAUGUCUUUGUGUGUCUGUGAAUAUGUCAAUAUGUCUCUCAGUGAAUAUAUGUGUGUCAUUAUGUCUGUCCGUGUGUGUGUGUGUGUGUAUGUGUCAGUAUGUCUGUCCGUGUAUGUCUUUGUA